AUGUAUGAAUUUAACGAAAAUGACCUUAAUAAUAUUAUUCCUCCACCCUCACAAAUAGAUGCCCAAAAGAUGGUAGACGAAAUAAGAGAUAAUAUUCAUCGCAGACCUCCAAAUGGCUUUAUGAUAUAUCGAAAAGUGUGUUGCAAAACACUUAAAAAACAUGGAAAAAAAGUGAGGGGAAACAUUUCCAAACCUAUCGCUAAUUCUUGGAGAAACUUACCUAAGCCUAUCAAAGAUGAAUAUAAAAAUAAAGCAGAUGAAGUAAACGAAUUGUUAAUUAAAAAAAGAAAACAUAAUUUCACCGAUUCGCACAGAUCCAUUUAUUGUUCAAGAUCAUUUGACUUUCGUCCUGACUUUCCUUACUUUGGAUCAGAAGACGAGGAAGAUAGAUAUCUCAAGUUAAUUCUUCCCCAUCACGAAUUUGAAGAAUUCGUGGUUAAUCGAAAUUUUAGAAAGUUCAUAAAUCACGAAGACUAA